AUGGUGAUGGGGAAUAACAAAAAUAUUGUCAUGGAAGAUGCAGAGAAUGAUGGGGAAGAAGAAAAGGAAUUAACAAUCCUAAAUUUGGAGAAUAUGAAAGUUGAAGAGCAUGCUGAAGAGAAUUAUGCAUGUCCAAAAUUCAUCUUUCCCAAACAUGAGGAGAUAAGGAUCCAUAGGCCAUGGUGGAAAGGUGUUAUAGCCAAAUUGCUUGAUAGGAGAAUUAUCUAUAAGGCAAUGGAAAUAAGGCUGAAUCAAAUGUGGGUCAAGAAAGGGGUAAUCAAUAUCAUUGAUCUGAGCAAUAAUUACUAUUCAGUGAUAUUUUCGCAUGAGGAUGAUCACAACAUGGCACCUGGCAAAUGGGCCAUGGUUUAUCUAUGA